AUGGCGCUAUCCCGGCAACACAAGUUCAUCACGACUGUUUUCUUUCUAACAUUACAUAUGACGUCAUCAGCUAAAACGAACUCCAGGCCUGUAUAUGAAGUAAUAAAUGAACAAUCAAGAGCUGAUGACAAGUUAAUUACAACCAGUGAUUCCGCGAGGCUGCCCUAUGGUAAUCCACUUGCCGGUAACUCACAAAAAAAUGCUAGAUUGCAUGCACACAAUCAACAGGCGAUGUUCAAUGCUGAAAGAAUACGUCAGCAUAAAGCUCAGUCGCAGAGAUGGAUGAAAACACCUAAAAUAAUCGACAGCUAUAUGCGAGCUUAUCACGAGUCCCAAGAGAGCCAUCAACUAGCAUUAGAACAGCAACAAGCCAAUGUAAAAGAAAACCAACGAAAGCCAGCACAACAUACGAGAGAAUUUAUAAAAAGAACACAAAAAUCUGAGACUGAUACUACGAAGUUGUCCAAAGCAGAUACUGUUGUGAAACCAGAAAAGAUGAGAAAUCAAAGGUCAUAUAGUUCUGUUGAAUAUCAACAGUACUUGGAGCCAAAUAAAUAUCAAACUAUUUAUAUUACAUCUCCAUCAUCUUAUGUUCAAGGAAUGACUAUAAAACCAAACGCGAUAAAUGCAAUAGUCCAUUCCCAACAAUCUUCUAAGCUUUAUGGCGAAGCCAUAAGUUCAGAGAACGUUUUCCCGAAAUACUAUCCUACAAAUGAUUACAAAUCUGUACAAGAUUUAGAAACGUUAAAUUCUCUUCUGAGUAAAAACCCCGGAGAACAGCUUUCAGAGUUUAACGCAUUAAUAAAAGCUACUAAAGACAACACUGGGACCCAUGACAGAGAACUAGAGAUGCCCAUUGAUCUUUAUUUCUAUUUAAAAGAUCCUUCACACAAAGCUUUAUCAGAUCAUUACGAUAAAACAGCAUAUGCACAAAUACCGAGCACACAAGAAACUGUAAAGGACCAUAUACCAAUUACAGAAGAAGUAGACGAUGUCGAGAAUCCCGAAGAAAUGACAAAAUCCAAAGUCGAGUCGAUUUCGACACAAACGCCACAGUUACAUUUGUCAACAACAAAAGAUAUCCAAUACAUAAAUUCAGAACUUACAAAUCAAAUUUUAAGCGCUGGAUAUAAUCCAUUGCAAGAAGAACAAUACGAUAUAAAGGAACAUGAAAGAAAACCAAAUUACGAAGCAUUACGAUAUGGAUAUCAGCCAACAGCAUACUACAGUGCUGAUGAAGACAAUACGGAAGGAGAUCUGAGUGAGAGAUAUCUUCAUCAUAACGCUAAGAAAGGUGUGCAGCAUUUAACUAACGAUGGUUCAGGAGUAUCAGCAUAUAAUGAUGAAAAUCUUCACUACGCCGCGAACUACGAAUUUGGCUACAGGGUUCGAGACCUCCACAGCGGCAACGACUUUGGUCAUCACGAAGCGAAGAAUGGAAAAGGAACGAGCGGACACUACCAUGUCCUCCUCCCAGAUGGACGGAUGCAGAAUGUGCGAUACUCUGCCGGCCCUGAAGGUUAUCACGCGGACAUUUCGUAUGAUCACUAUAAAUAG